CCCAUGGCAGCCAUAGCCUCUCGACCGUAUAGUACAUCUGGUAACAUGGACCCAGUGUCUGAUAGACCACCAUCAGGACAGCCUCGCCAACCCUACACAUACAGCAUGACUGAUGCUGUGCGACCAGUGGGCACUGAAGGCCCUUUGAACAUGCCAGUGCUAGGAGGACCCCAACGUCCUUACAGCUAUACUGCAGACUCAGGCCAGGUGCUCAGUAACCCGUACGCUAAAGCUAGGAACCCCUACGAGGACCCCCAGCCUUCUGAUCGCUACUGCCGCCAGGCUUCCUUUCCUCAUGCACACCACGGCAACAGAACAAGCCAGUUUUCUGCAUUUCACAAUGCCCCUGACUACACUAACAGCUCCAGUGCCUUCCCACGAGCGCAGCUCGGUGGCAUAUAAGUCUGGAUGGAAACAGAAGGAACGAGUAUCAUAUCGCUAUGUUUCCUUUAAUAAAGCAAACGCAUUGCAAUUUUACAAUGAAAAAUACCAUGUACUGUGUCUUGACAGUACAUGAGUAAUACAGUAAUACAGUACAUAAAUCGAUACUUUCAUAGAUAUUUCACCCCAUAAAGAUUGAAUGGAAUAUUGCUAAAACCUGUUUUUUUUCCUAUUUUCUGUCAUUUGAAAAUGUACAUACAUUAGUAAAGCAAGAACAUUCAACUUUUAGAAUUUGCAAUUUAGCCUUAUUUUCAUAUCAGAUUUUCCAUCAACAUGUGUACUGAUAAGCAUAUUAUAAAAAUGGCAGAGUAUGCAUUACUAAUGCAAACUUUCCUAUUUUAAGAGAAAAACAAUACAGACUAUGGCUUACCUGUCCAUGAGUUUUCCUGUUAUGUUUGUGCAUCUUUUAAUAAUGCAAAACAUAUCAAAAUCACACUGCAGUUUCAACUCAAACUGUCAAACUGCAUAAGUCUAUAGCCCUUUUUUCUUUCUUUCAUUUUAAAAUGUUUGUACAUCUUUUACUAAAGCAAAAAUAUUCAGAUUUUAUGAAGAAAAUGAUUUGGCCAUUUUGUGCCAAAUCUCGGUAACAAUACAAUAACACUACACGCUCACCUUCACUUAUGAAAUUUCACCAACAUAAGCAGAGAAAAUGUCAUUUAAAAAUGUUUGUACAUGCUUUACUAAAACAAAAACAUUGAGAUUUUAUAAGGAAAAUCCACAUUACUAUUUUGCAUUAUACUCCUACCUUUACCUAACAUUUCAACAACAUAUGUAUUGAAAAGAAUAUUUGACAACAUAUUUCUGUUCUGUCCUUUGAAUUGUUUGUAAAUGCCUUAAUAAAGCAAAAAUAUUCCAGUUUGUCCAUCAAUUUCCUAUUGUGCUUUUGCACCAAAGGUUUUUUUUCCACCCACACAUGCCUUAAAAAUAUUCCAAAAAAAAUUUCAUCCAUUCUGUUGUCUUUAUGUGCUUCAAUAAAACAAAAACAUUUCAUUUUUACAAUGAAAAUCACACUAUCCUUUUGUCCUCCCACCAUAUAAGGUUAAAAAGCCUUACUUUUGCUACAUGUGUAUGAACGCUCACCUCCCGCGAGUCACGUGGUUUAGCCCGCCACGUGCAGUGGGAGCAUCUUUGUUUAUUUGUAACCACACCUGCAUGGGAUUAGUGUUUUGUCUGUUUGUGUAUAUAAACCUGUGUUGUGGAGUGCAGUACUGUUGGUCUUUGAUAUGUUUGGCUUUGACAGUGGUGAGGGAAAAUCUCCCUAGAGCACGAGGAUGAAACCUUGAGAGGAACCAAGACUCAAAGGGGGCCCAUGCUCCUCUGAGUGAUGGACACUACUGAGGUAAUAAAAUGAUAUUGUAAGCAGAAAAGUAUGGAUGGUCCAGAAUAAACUGGUUUCAUACAGGAAAGGCCUUUGUAGGCUGCAGUGUAAAUCCUCAGAAGGCCUCUUUGACAGGCCUCUAGGGGCCUCAGUCGAGGAGGGAGCCUUGGUUCAAGGGCGGGACAGCCCGGGCUAGCACAGGAAGAAACAAUAUGGGCAUCACGUGAUAUAGAAUAGGAUCACCUUUAAAAAAAAAAACAAGCAGUUCAGGUUGAACAUAAUGGUACCAAGAACUGGUUGGUCUAAGUAUUGAAUAUCAAUUUGCAUACAUUGAAUAAUGUAUGGUUUGGAGAACAAUAGUGGAACCUGGACAAGUAUUAUGAAUACAGUGAACUUCAAUAGCAUUUUUGGUGAAAAGCAAGCUCCCAGUUAAAAAUCUGAAUUAAAUUAAUCUAAACAACUGGUGUGGGAUCUCUACGUUAGGAAGAUAACAUACGGGUAGUUAUUUUUUGGAGAACUGUACAAGUGUACAAAUAAAUAUGCAACAGUUAACUCCCAGUAACUCCUAAUUGUGUUUUAGGAGCCGAGUCAUCUGCACCACUCUAUCCUCAGACAUCCCAACGCUCUCCAGCCCUUUUGAUUCACAUUUUCCAGUUCCCUUUUUCAAGCCUAAAACUUUUUACAUAAUCCCACAAUUUCUACAGAAGUCUCCAAGAGUUAAAUUCUGAAGUCUUUUUAAAUAAGCAGUGAUCACAUUAAUUUCUACACUCUUUAGGAUUUCACUUCAGUAUUUGGCAAUGAUCAACCUAUGACACUAUCCCUAGCUGCCCAGACAUGGUAGUACAGCUGGAAUUAAACCUGUUUAACUGCCCUUAAAUUCAACAUGCAUAGCACACGUGAUUAGUUAAAUAUGGGAUUCAAAAACUGGAAGGUUAGUUAUUCAUUUUCUGUCGUUCAUGAACGCCAGGUUGACCCAAAUCAGAAACACUUUUGUGAAUUUACUGAACGAAAAAAAACCAAACAUUCAUAACAUUUUAUUCAUUUUAUUUUUGAAAUGCAGUUUUUAAAUUUAUUCUAAAAUAAAGAUGCAGCACGCCCACCUGUAGCCUACCAGAGAACACACCAAAAAAGGUGCGUUCAGAAAUGCACGCGCACACAGCUAUGAAACAUCACAGGCACACGUGCACACAGCUAUCAUGAAACAUGCACACUGUAGGGGUUGUUUCCUUUAGGAAUUAAUGAAUACAAUAACGUUCACAAAUAAUUAUUAACCAGGUCCUUAAAUAUGUAUGAGCUGAUGCAGAGUCUCCCAACGCUGUGAUGAUUAGGACAGUAAUUUGCUGUUUUACGAGGACUGUCCCCCAAACACGCAUGUACACACAUAUGCAGUCUCAAUGCUUUUCAUGUGGUAGAGGACAAUUCAACACAUUUAUUCACAAAUGUCUGUCUUUCCUAUUGGUUAAUAUGUAACCACUCCCCCUGGGCUUUGGAUGAAUGUGGGCCUACAAGGUGACCACAUCAAACAAAUGUGAGAGGAAAAAAAAAA